AUGUUACAUGAUUUGACAGGAUCUUCACAAGAUUUCUAUAAUCAAUUUGCACUGGUAUUUGAUGAGGGAAAAGACUUUAAUUUAAUUAGUGUGGAAAUACCCUCGCAUUGCACCACGAUUGAUGAAUUUAUAAUGGAAUUUGACAAUUUUUUGGAUGUUUUACUGUUUUUAAAUGGUAUCAUGAGUAGUGCAGCCUCUCCACCAAAAACCACGAUACUGAAUGGAACCAACUUGAAACGAUCAGAGCCAUUAAGUAUUUCAAAAAAUCGAACUCAUCCCAAUUCAAAACAAAUGGUCCAUCUUUUUGGAUGCGGUUUAGGAGCAUUUCUAAUUCAAUGCUAUGCAGAGCAGUAUCCUGACAAAGUUGCAAGUCUCAUGAUUGUGAAUGGAUUCAUGAAUAACAAAAUUUUCAGUGAUUAUUCACCCCUUAAUGAUCUGUAUAUACUAGCCCCUAAAUUCAUUCUUUCCACAAAAGUCUUAGACUUAUUUUCACCUUUCAAGGAGCGAGAAUUUGCCAAUAAUGAUGAAAUUCUAUACUCAAUUGAAUAUAUGGUCGACAAGAUCACUGAUGAGGUCUCUCAAAAGCAGCUUGCAUCGAGACUCUGUCUUAUCAGUGAUGAACGAAUAAUUAACACGAAGAAAAUAAUUGAGAAAAUUGCCAAACCCUACAACACGUGUCCUUGUGUCACCAUUGUCGACUGCAUGGAUGAUGAGAAUAUGAUAUACCCAACGAGUUUAAGAACAGAGCUUCACAACAAGUACUAUCAGCCACAAAAUAAUAUUCGACUUUGUCUCAUGAAACGAGGAGGUCAAUAUCCAUACAUUGCUUCAGCCGAUGAUUUUAAUAUUUAUUUGACGGUACAUUUGAGAGGAAUUUAUCAGAAUUGUUCAGAUAUUGACAAUAUGGAAACACUCCAAGUUUCGAGCCCAGUCUUGUCAGGCAUGCAAAAUUUUCAUGACAACACUCCCUUUUCUCCUGAAGCCUCUUUCGAAUCGAAUCUUUCGAAUAAUAGGCACUCCAUUUCAGCUCUUCCCAUUCUGUACAAACAUAUUUCAUUCACACCUCACACACCUCCAGAUAUAGCUGAAGAAGAUGUCACUAUUUAUUCGUACAGGAGUAUGAAUAAUCAUGAUUUGGAAGGAGAGUUAUUUAAUGAGGAACCAGAGUGUGAUGACGAUGAAGCAAGAACAUGCAGCCACGAAUUUAACGUUCGGUGGAAUUCUAUGAGUUCUUCUAGUAUGAAAUGUCGUUCGAGUUCUGUCUCGAAUAGCCACAACAACAACUCACUGCCACCGCUUGUUGGUACCAUUGUUCACAAUGAAGAAGAUGAAGAAGACGAGUCAAGUCUCGACACUUCUAGACAGCAUGACAUUCUCUUCUGA